AUGAUGCCCUCGCGUCGUCCGCCGCGGUCGACUCUCUUCGAGAACGACACUGCUGCUAUCGACAACCGUGGCGCACUUGCGCGUGACCCGCAUCGUCCGUCCAGGCCCACCUCUGGCGAUCGAGACAUGCGUGCUGAUGGCUACCCCGAGUCACCAUACCAUCCAAGUCGGCCGCCUCCACCAGGUCAUGCGGUUGGUCCAAGGUCGGAAGCUCGGCUCACCCGUGUGCGUUCGCCUGUCUAUCCGAGCGUCGUCCCUCCGCGUGGAAUCAGCAACGCGUCUCCAUUGUACGAUCUCGAAUCCGCAGAUGCAUCACUUCAUCGAGAUAAGAGAGCGAGGCUUGAAGGAUACACGGACAGAAUGCAGACGCAAUCAGAGUCGAGCCUUCGCCCUCCGCCGCUACGCUCGUCGUCGUCGCACCGUUUCGUACCUAACUCCUCGAGUGAUUGGGUGGAACGAGGUGAGGUGCGUGAGCGCCGACCACGUGACCUGGCUGAUACACCGUACCACGGCGAUGGCAUCAGCAAGGCAUCGAGAAGUUUCGACCGGGUCGAUGCCGAAAGAGCACAUUCCAGUCGACGCACCUCGCCCGUAUCGCAUCAUACGCUCGACGCCAGCUUCAGUGUUAGCAGCGAGCCCCCAUCCACCGGCAGCCAGUCGAGCAAAGUGAAACGGCGGAAACGUGCCGUGCUCAGCUGCACCGAAUGCAAGCAGCGCAAGAUCAAGUGCGAUCGCAACGUGCCAAAUUGCGGAAGCUGUGUUCGGCGCGGCGUCGCUCACCUCUGCCGAUGGGGUGACGAACGCGACUUUUUGCCUGCAGCCCCAGCCAGCAACAUCACCCCCUCCAACGCCGCAUUGAUGGCCAGAAUUGCACAACUCGAGUCGCAGGUACGCGUGUUGCAAUCCUCAUCCUCUUCACCCUCAGCGGCCCAUGAGGCAGGCGCGUCGGAGCGGAGCUCGAACCAGCCCUUUGCGCCCAAAUAUGGAGGCGCCUCCGAGUCGUCUAGCGGUCGAUCCUCGCGCUUCAGUGGUCUCUCCAGCGUCCAGUACCCGCCCGACUUUACCAGUCGAGAUCGCACCAUUUCCGACCGGGCAGCAUUGCGCAACACGCUCGACGACCGAGGCGACGAAGAGGAGGAUGACAGCCAGCACAGUGACGAUAGCGAGGAGUCCGGUGACGAGGACGCAGGCGAUCUUCUCCGUGUUCUUGCUCAAGGAACCUCGCUCAAGAUUGACAGCAGGAACGAUUCUUCUCGGCAAGACGAGCCAUCUACUUCUCACUUGCGACAGGUUGAAGGCAGGCAGAAGCCACAAAACGGAGAUAUGGCACAGAGCGAGGGUUUCCAGACAGAAAGCGAUUCCAAGGUUGAUGCUCGAAGCGGUAACGGAGUUCCUCACAACGACAAACCAGGUCCUCGGCUGUCCCAGGACGAAGCGCUCGCAUCUUCAGCCUUACUCAACAUCUUCACCGCCGGUUCGUGGAGCAGCAGGUCUGGGACCCGCCGAAGUGGCCUCGUCGAGGCCCUCGAGCUGCUACCUCCUCGCCACAAAACCGAAGCGCUCAUCGAACACUAUCUGCGCGAGGCAGAGCCCAUCGUUCACUCGAUCCACAAGCCAUCCCUUUUGCAGGAGCUCGAAUCGUUUUGGGCAGCCCUCGAUCGUAUGAAGGAUGCAUCCGACUCCGCUUCUCCUCCAACUGUGUCGGAGCUACAGUUCGGAGCAAUGCUGCUCGCCAUGUGCGAAGCCGCUUGCGAGUUCAUGACACCCGCCGAGGUGCUCGACAGCGAGAUAUGCAAGUCGCGCAACACCAUCAAUGAUCGACUCCACUUGAUCGCCCGAGCUUGUCUCGCUCUGCUUGGCAUGGGCCAUUUUGUGCGUCAUCCUACCAUCUGGGGAAUGCAGGCGGUGAUUCUGCUCCGUCAUUACUCGUUCAAUCGUGAUCAUCGCGAGGAAUACACGAUUCUGGCCACCAUGGCCAUCAAAGCUGCCGAAUACAUGGGUCUGAACCGCCUCGGCUCGGCGCUUAAGGAUGAAGAGCGGUGGCAGGACGAGAAGCGCGAGCGCAUGCGUAUGCAAGCUGCUCAGGAUGGUAAGGAAGCAGCAUCAUCUUCGACGCAUCGAUGGAAGAUGCUCACUUCGACCCAGAUCCAUGAUGGUCACGAAACCGAGUCGGACGGCGAGGAUCUCGAUCCCGAUCGGGUCGAGAGGAAGGACAUGAACGCCAUGUGGCUGCCUCGUGGUGCGAGGCGGCGGAGGUGGGAUCUGGCCGCUGCCAAGCGUUAUAAGGAAGGUAGCCGGGUCAGUCGAGAGCACGGGCGUAAGGUCUGGUUUGCUUUUGUCACCUUGGACUGGCUGUGCGCAGCCCACUUUGAUCGAUGCUAUCAUUGCAAGGACGAGAUGUUCACCACGCAAAGUCCACAGAACAUCGAUGAUGCAGACGUAAUGGAUGACGACCUGAUCUCAUCCGACGGUCAUGACGAGCGUCCAUCUCGCUCUAAUCGCACCAGCAACGCCUUCCUCGACAAGAUUUGCAUAACCAGCAUACCCACCACGAACAGCUUCAUCUCCAUCCACAUUGAGAUUUGCCACACGGUGCGCAGCAUCGCAGACGCCCUCAAUCACGGCGACGAGUCUUUCGACACGGUACUUGCGAUCGAGGCACGCUUUCGCGAAAUUCUGCGAUCCCUUCCACGCUUCUUCAAAUUGGAUGGCGAGAGCGAAUACGACCCCGAGAUCCAUCGCUUCCAUCAAGAGAGGCCCUAUCUAUCUCUACAGCGAGCCAUCAUCCACGAGUAUGUCCACCAUCGUCUGCUCAAGCUGCAUCGUCUCUACAUGAGCCGGGGCUACUGGAACGCCAAGUACAUCCACUCGACUCGCACCUGCAUCGAGAGCGCUCGAGUUGUCAUUGGAACAUUGCGCGCACUCGAUCAUGCCGGAUGCCGCGGUCAGCGGUAUUGGAUCUUCAAGUUCCACAUCUUCCAUGCGGUCCUAGCGUUGCAGGUUGACCUGCUGUAUCUCGCCAAACAGCCAGUGAACCGCGAAAUCCUUGCGAAACGUGCCGACGUCGUUGCCGGGCUCAAGAUGCUUCAUGCCAGAACGGAUGUCGAGGGACGAAACCCGGUCCUGGCCUCUUCGCUCAAGGUGAUCAAAGUGCUUCGCGAAGAGGAGCAGGCGCGUCGCGCUAAGAACAAGACAGCGACUGCAGAGGUGCCGGCUGAGUCGGAAAAUACUGGCGCGAGCUCGCCGAUGGGAAGCGUCGAAUCGCAAAGGAAGUGCAAGAUCCGCGAAUGGACCGGCGCCUCGGAAUCCACCGGCGAUCUGGCAGAUCACCUCGAACGUCGGAUCAAGGAGACGUGGUACACUGUCGAUGCAGAGAAGCUGCGAGCUCGAGCAGAAGCGACGAGCAAUCUUGCUGCCGAUGCUCGUCCACCGUUGCCGCCCACAGACUCUCGCAUGGUUUCUGCUCGAUCUAAAACACCAUCGACCGAGGACGCUUCUUCCAUCCAGACUGCCGCCGCUGGUGACGUUGCAGGGACGCACAAGCUCGUCAGAGCGGCAGCUUCGGAGGGCGAACUGGCCGAGCUUUCCGAUCGACACACUUCCGAGGAGGGUCGCGAUACCGAACUCGACGAGUACCUCAAGCUGCUGUCUUCGUAUCAGAAUCCGGACGAUGCUCCGGACGGUGCACACUUUUUCGACGUACUGGAUGACAUGGUUUUCGAGAACCAGUCGGCUAGCCGGCUCAAUUUCGGCAAGGCGGGGUUGCGAGCUGGUCUGGGCAGCGAGAUCAAAUCUCCGCUGCCGCUGUUGAGAGCGCGUCCAGACGACUUGUUCAGCAGUCCCAGCCACGAUGAUGUCCAGGACUCUGCGUAUGUUGUGUCAGUCAUGACGGACGAGCGAUACCGACCGUGCGCUGGUCUGGAUGCCCUGCAAUUUCGGGACCCCUCGGAGGAUGUCCAUACCCCUGUUUAUCGGAGGAGAGACCAUGGGCCACGAACGCUUUGUGAGCUAAGUCAAAGCAAUGAACAAUUUCGCCGAACCCAGACCUUUCCAACGGAGCUCAAAUCUCAGCGCGAACGUUUCCGAAUGCCAUCGUAG